UUUUAAACGGAACUCAUAGUGAUUAGUCCAUUUCUCACUACUUCCAAAUUCAGAGAUAUUCAUUUACUUGCACGUUUUUUCCAGUUUCAAACUUUCAAUUACUCAUCUCCUCUACACUUUUUUCCUUUUUUUUUUUGCUUUUCCAAUUUUACUGGAAUUCAAAGAGGAGAAAAAAUAAAGUUAUGUCAGAUGCUUUGAUCUGUGGUCUGGCCGGUGCCGGUGGUGGCAUAAUCGCUCAGCUCAUUACAUAUCCUCUUGAAACAGUAAAUACUCGGCAGCAAAUGAAUAGAAAUUCUAAGACAUUGAAGAAAACUGUUGGAACUAUCGAUCAAAUAUGCCAGGUUGUAAAGCAGGAAGGAUGGGAUGGGCUAUAUGGUGGAUUAGCUCCAUCGUUAGUUGGUACGGCUGCAUCACAGGGUGUUUACUAUUAUUUCUACCAAAUAUUGAGGAAUAGAGCAGAAACUGGUGCAUUUGAACGUAAGAGAAAAGGAAUUGGUGAUGGAUCAGUCGGAAUGUUCUCAUCACUUCUGGUGGCUGCUUUAUCUGGGUGUGUUAACGUGUUGCUGACUAAUCCCAUAUGGGUAGUUGUUACACGCAUGCAGACUCAUACAAGAAAGGAUAAAGAUAACCACACAAAACCUGUACCAUCACAGGGUGCAAUCUCUGCUGUGGUUGAACCUCCUUCCUAUGGGACAAGCCACACUAUUCAAGAAGUCUAUGGUGAAGCUGGAAUUUCGGGUUUCUGGAAUGGUGUUUUCCCAACAUUAUUCAUGGUAAGCAAUCCUUCCAUACAAUUUAUGCUAUAUGAAACCUUGCUGAAGAAGAUUAGAAAACGACGUGCCUCUAGCAAUAAAGGUGCCAAUGAUGUCACUGCUUUGGAGAUAUUUCUACUUGGAGCUGUGGCAAAACUUGGAGCUACGGUUGUAACGUAUCCUCUUCUGGUUAUCAAGUCAAGACUCCAGGCAAAGCAGGAUAUUUGUGGGGAUAAAAGACAUCAUUAUAAAGGUACCCUUGAUGCUAUUAUGAAGAUUAUACGCUAUGAAGGCUGUUGUGGAUUUUACAAGGGGAUGGGCACAAAAAUUGUACAAAGUGUUCUUGCUGGUGCUAUUCUAUUCAUGGUCAAGGAGGAACUUGUCAGGGGUGCUAGGUGGUUAUUAACAGGGAGUGCCGCUACUUCUAUCAGAUGAAAGCCUCAUUGGAAAUUGAGUCUCUUCCUUUGCAGUCUAAGCAAGGUGUGCCCACAAGAAAUACCUUCAGAUUAAGAUGGAUACUUUGUAAUCACUAGCUAUAGUUUUUUUUAAAAA